GCGGGCGGCAUGGCCGCGGCGGCCGAGGCGGCGGGCGGCGGCAGCAGCCGCCACGAGAAGAGCCUGGGGCUGCUGACCACCAAGUUCGUGUCGCUGCUGCAGGAGGCCAAGGACGGCGUGCUGGACCUCAAAGCGGCUGCUGAUACGCUUGCUGUGAGGCAGAAGAGAAGGAUCUAUGAUAUCACCAAUGUUUUGGAGGGGAUUGAUCUCAUUGAGAAGAAGUCAAAAAACAGCAUUCAGUGGAAAGGAGUAGGUGCUGGCUGCAAUACAAAAGAAGUCAUAGACAGGCUGAGGUAUUUGGAAGCUGAAAUUGAAGAUCUAGAGCUAAAAGAGAAAGAAUUGGAUCAGCAGAAACUGUGGCUUCAGCAAAGUAUCAAGAAUGUCAUGGAUGAUUCUACAAACCACCAAUUUUCAUAUGUCACCCAUGAAGAUAUCUGCAACUGCUUCAAUGGAGAUACACUCCUAGCAAUUCAAGCACCUUGUGGUACACAGUUAGAAGUACCUACACCUGAAAUGGGACAGAAUGGACAGAAGAAAUACCAGAUCAAUCUUAAAAGUAGUUCAGGACCUAUCCAUGUGCUGCUUAUAAAUAAAGAAUCAAGCUCCUCCAAGCCCACAGUGUUUCCAGUUCCUCCGCCCGAUGACCUUGCACAGCCCUCAUCUCAACCUGCAGCUCCAGCGACUCCACUUAAACCCACUACAGCUCCCCCAAAUCCACCAGAACAUGACCUGAACCAAGGACGAGAGUUACCACAAACACCAGCUGCGGACACACGAUCAGAUGGCAGCGUGCAGCGCGACAGCGCGGCCCCUGCAGCCCCCUACUCCAACCUUCCGGAGCUGGCGCUGUACCCCAGCCUUUCAGGAGACGGUGCCCAAGCCUCAGCCAUCUCCAGUGACUACCAGGGCUUGCUGCCUCUGGACGUCAACUGUAUUCUCAAGCCAAACUCAUUUGACAUUGCAAAGAUGGAGGAGCCCACAGGAAAUAUCAGUGGGGAUAUUAUUGAUGAACUCAUGUCUUCUGACGUUUUUCCUCUCUUACGACUCUCUCCUACUCCCGGAGAUGACUACAACUUUAACCUGGAUGAUAAUGAAGGAGUCUGUGAUCUCUUUGAUGUGCAGAUACUAAAUUAUUAGAUAUUGUGUCAACCAGACUACUUAUCUACCUCUAACUAUAACAUUCUAGACUUCUUCAUAACCUAAGUAUUUGAAUAAUGAAUGUAUAACUUCUUAGUUCACUGACUCUGGGAGUAUAUUUCCUUUUGCUUCCUUUAACUACUUCACAAAACAAAUUCAAGAACAAGAAAAAAGGGCUCCUAUCAAAAAUUCUGGCACUUUUUCACCCAAGUGUUCUCUGUGUAAUCCAAUUAUUUGAAGCUUUCUUUAGUAAGAAAAGCAAAAAUACUUUUUAGCCUUUGAUCAUUUUCUAAAAAAUGAUUAGGCUUCUUGCUCACAGUUAAACAGCGUUUUCUUUGAAGCUUUACUGCCAAGAAGCUUUGUAUAUUCUUUUUUAACCUUUCAAACAAUUUUGAAGCUUUCACUGCCAAGUUGAAAAGUGAAGGGUAUCAACUUGAGUUAUGCUAAAUUGUUUCAGUGAACCAAUUUUGUGAAGUGCCUUCUGUUUUAGCACUUUAAGUUUCUCACACUGACUUCUGACAUUCCACUUUCCUAGAUGACAGGAAAGGUCUGUUUGUAGUUUGUAUUAAAGUGUGCCAAUACUUGUAUAUUAACAAGAUUUUUUUUUAAUAAAAUUCUUCAAACAAA